AUGAAAUCCCUACGACAUGGGCAAUGGCAAUGGGCAUAUGCGGCUCGGCUUCUCAUGCGUUUCAACCGUUUGCCCACCAGCUGGUUGGUAGUGACUGGUCAGGCGGGCAGAACCACAGACCGAACCACAGACCAUCAAACACUUCUCACCUCAUCGUCUACUAUGGAACCAUCCCACUCACCAUGGGUAGUUACAUCAGCAAUUCAACACUUGAAAGUUGCCUCGGGUUCGUAA